AUGGCUCUCUUGCCCGUACUCCUCGGAGUGGCCGUGAUGGUCAUCACCAUCUUCCAGGUGCGAGGCAUCUUGAAGGCCUACUGGUCCCCCCUUAGUCGCAUUCCGGGCCCAUGGUAUGCUCCCUUGACCACCAUGCAUCUCCGUUGGGGCUUCAGCACUGGCGAGAUUUGGAAGCUCGUCGAGAGAUGCCACAAGAAGUAUGGCCCAAUCGUCCGCCUCGGCCCCCGACAGGUGUGGGUGGCCGACAGGGACGCACUCAAGGAGAUUCUGGUCAAGGUCGACCUGCCCAAAGUGGCAAUGUAUUCCGAGAUUUCGAGAGAUAAGCACAGCCCUGGACUUUUUGGAGAGAUUCGCCAUGAGCCUCACAAGCGUCUCAAGAGAUUCUUGUCGCCUGCCUUUACCGUGGCGUACAUUGACAACCUGGAAAAGUAUUUCCAAAAGACGUUGCGUGAACUGCUCGACAAGUAUGAGUCUCAAAUCAGCGCCGAUACCGCCUCGGCCAGCUUCAACGGAAUCGAGGUCGAUUUGAUGGAUGAUCUUCACAACGUAGCGCUGGACAUCAUGGGAGAAUGUUCUUUUGGUAAGGGUUUCGGCCAGACCAACCCCAAAACCUCGGUCAUUGAGGAGGGAGUCGACGAAAAAGUAUGGAAAUCCAUCCCGCGCUCCAUCUUCGACGGCCUUUCCAAGCGUUACCAGAUGGUCUACGUCAAAAAGUUCCUACGCAUGUUUGGCCUCGACAUCAACUUUGACUGGCCCGCCGAGAUGAUCACGGCCAUCGACGCCGUCGUCCAGCGCCGUCGCAACAACGCCCUCACCACCAGAGAAAAGGCCACCGAGGAGGCCUACCGCGAUGAACCCGACGUCAAGAAGGCCCAGGACAAGCCCAGCCGCCGCGACCUUCUCCAGCACCUGAUCGAGGAGGGCAAGAAGCCCGACAGCGGCAACGCCAUGAACACGCGCGAUAUUGUGGACCAGAUGGCCGAGAUCCUGCUCGCCGGUUCCGAGACCACUUCGGGCACCAUCGCGUGCCUGUUCCUCGAGCUGGCCCGAAACCCAGACGUCCGCGCCAAGCUCCUGGCCUCGCUGCCCGCCUGCGGCACCGGGGAUGAGGUCGUGGCCAGCAAGGCCAUCCGCAACGACGCGGACCGGUACUGGUACCUCGAGGCCUGCAUCAAGGAGAACCUGCGCCUGCACCCGAUCGCGUCCGAGAUGGGCCGCCGCACCGGCAAGGAGUGGGUCACCAUCAUGGGAUACAACCUACCCCCGCACACGGUCGUCUCGGCCAGCUACAGGGACCUGCACAGGAACGAAAAGUACUGGCCCGAGCCGCUCCGCUUCUGGCCCGAGAGGUGGCUUCCCGAGGGGCAGAGGGAUGGAGCGCCGGCUCCAGACAUGAAUGCAUACUAUCCAUUUUCUGCCGGCAAGCAUUCGUGCAUUGGCAUCAAUUUCGCAUGGGCCGAGAUGCGCAUGGUCGCGGCCAACAUCUUCUCGCGCUUCGACAUCGAAGAGGUCCCAGGCCAGGUCAUCGACUUCCGACAGUACAUCACCAUGCAGUUCCACACGGGCAACUGGCGCGUCGUUCUUCGCCCGCGGUCCGGACCUGGAGCUCCUGUCGCUGCCAAGUCUGAUGUCAAGGAUAAGGGCGAAAAGCAGGAGCGUUUGAUCGAAGCUUGA